AUGGCAGAUGUUGUAUUCAAGACUACAACGGGCUCCACGCUACAGUACUUCAAGCGCGGCAAUGGGCCUCUCAUGAUUAUUUCGCCGCCUGCAUGGGGGCUUUCUUCAAAAUAUCUUCAAGAGACUCUCACACCACUCGAGCAAACUUUUACCCUCAUCUACCUCGAAUUCAGGGCAAAUGGAAAAUCCACACGUCCAGAUCCAUCUGAAAUGUCCUGUUGGCAUCUCGCAGACGACAUAGAAUACCUUCGCCAGGAGCUGGGCCUGGAAAAGAUUCCGCGCUUACUGGGGCAUUCGGGAGGUGGUACAAUUGCCCUGUGGUAUGCCAUUAGGUAUCCUGAAAAGGUGGACCGCCUAAUUCUCUUAAAUCACACUCUGGAAGGGUUCAAUGAUGGCAAAUCGAUGAAGGAGGCAAUUGUUGAAAAGUCCAAGAACCCAAAAAUGCACGCUGCACUCAAGGCCUGGACUGCUUCAUGGGAGGACCUUUCCGACGAGGGGUUCGCCCAAGUCAUUCGAUCUUUUCUUCCUGUGUAUUUCUACGACCCUGAUGCUUCUACUCGGUCCACAGAGUUGAGCAAUGUUCAAUCGGUUUCUUUGUGGAAUUAUCAGUUGCUACAUGGGUCAGAUCGAAAUGUCCAUUAUCAAGAACCGGAACUUAGCAAGGUGACAGCAAAAACGCUCAUGAUCUUUUGCCGAGCGGAUCCGGUGUGUACGCCAACACAAGGAGAAGCAACUCACAAAGGAAUACCGGAAUCAAAGCUAGUUAUAUAUCAAGAAUGCGGUCAUUUCCCUUGGAUGGAGAAGAAGGAAGAGACGUUCAGAGACAUUGUCGAGUUUUGUAUGUAG